GGGCCAGCGCUCUUGAUAUUUCUUCGGUUUAUUUAUAGAAUCGGCGAAGGUGGGACGAACGGAAAAAAAGAUUGUCAAAAAUAUCAACAUACUUGCAACAGAUACUAUUUGUACAUGGCAACAAUAUAUGGUCUCCCCGAAAUUCAGGGGGAGGCCCCUGGAACUACUCGGAUCUUGAAAGUGAGAGUAAUAGAAGGAAAAGACCUAGCUAAAAAGGAUAUAUUUGGUGCAAGUGAUCCAUAUGUGAGGAUAAAGUUGUUCAGAGGAGACAGGGAGGAAGGCAAUAUAUCAACUGUCCAGACAAGGACAAUUAAGAAGACUCUAAACCCCAAAUGGUACGAGGACUUCCGUUUUAGGGUAAAUCCAAGAGACAACAAACUACUUUUUGAAGUAUUUGACGAAAACAGGCUGACAAGAGAUGACUUCCUGGGUGUGGUUGAGAUUCCGCUUCAAAGCCUGCCUACGAUCGUACCAGGUCAAGAAGUGUUGGAAAAAGGCUACCUCUUGCGGCCAAGAAGUGUCAGGUCUAGGGUCCGUGGUAGUCUACGGAUGGCCAUAGGCUUUGUGCAUGAGGAGGACUUUCCAGAUAUGGAAGUUCAACCAGAAGACGAAGAGAUCAGGUUACCUCGUGAACCCCCUCGAAACGUCAACCUUACUCGGAGAGAUUGGGAGAUGGUGGAAGCCAAUGCCGCCAACGAUGCGUCGUCAAGGGAACAGGGUCAGAGCAGAUCCCAGGGGCCUACCGUCCCGCAGGGCUGGGAGGAGAGGGUAGAUGCUAACGGGAGAGUCUACUAUGUGGAUCACAUCAAUAGACGAACACAGUGGGUCAUGCCUACAACACCGAGUAUCACCACCACACCAACCAGAGGUGGAUCUCAGAAUGAUCAAGCUCGAGCUCAAUUCCUCGCCAGGAGGGUGAUCAGCAUUGAAGAUACCAUGGAAGGCGCCAGUGACGAAGAUACUGGAGCAGCUCCACCUCCACAGGCCCCACCUCCACAGGCAGAACCUGUCGGUGCUCCUCAGGCAAUCCAGAUUGCAGAGGAUGAUCCUCUAGGUCCGCUCCCUGAGGGAUGGCAGAUUCAGAAAGCUCCCAAUGGAAAGAAGUUCUUCAUUGACCACAACACAAGAACUACUUCGUGGGAGGAUCCUAGACGACAAAGGCAACAGGAUGAACUAGGCGCAUUACCAUCUGGAUGGGAGAUGCGUGUUUACACAGAUGGACGAGUCUUCUUCGUUGAUCACACAACCCACUCAACACAAUGGGAAGAUCCUAGAUUACAGAACCCAGCUAUUGCAGGACCAGCUGUGCCAUAUUCCAGAGACUACAAGAGGAAGUAUGACUUCUUGAAGAUGCAUCUCAAGAAACCAAGCAACAUCCCCAACCGGUUCGAGCUUAAGGUUCACAGAAACAACCUACUAGAGGACUCCUACCGUGGAAUCAGUAGUAUUAGGAGUGCAGACCUACUCAAGGCUAGACUAUGGAUCGAAUUCACCGGAGAGACUGGUCUAGACUAUGGUGGAGUAGCUAGGGAAUGGUUCUUUCUUCUCUCCAAAGAGAUGUUCAACCCAUAUUAUGGUCUCUAUGAAUAUUCUGCCAUGGACAACUACACGCUGCAAAUCAACCCUGAUUCUGGUAUCUGCAAUGAGGAUCACAUAUCCUACUUCAAAUUUAUCGGUAGAGUAGCAGGGAUGGCGGUAUUCCAUGGCAAACUUCUAGAUGCAUUCUUCAUCAGACCAUUCUACAAGAUGAUGGCUGGCAAACCAAUCACAUUACGAGACAUGGAAUCAGUGGAUUCUGAGUAUCACAGCUCCCUGCAGUGGAUCACAGACAACGACCCAGUCGACCUUGAUCUGACCUUCGCAGUGGAUGAAGAAAGCUUAGGACAGACUAAAACAACAGAGCUGAAGCCGCAUGGUGCUGAUAUCCCACUGACGAAUGAGAACAAGGCAGAGUACAUCCAACUUGUCAUUGAGUGGAGAUUUGUCAACAGGGUCAGAAAGCAAAUGGAUGCCUUCAUGGAUGGAUUUACAAGUUUAGUGCCAAGAGAACUGCUCACAAUGUUUGAUGAAAAUGAGAUCGAGCUUCUACUGAGUGGUCUUGGUGACAUCAAUGUGAAUGAUUGGAGAACUAACACAGCUUACAGAGGAGGUUACCAUGCCAACCACAUCGUCAUCCAAUGGUUCUGGAAGGCUGUCCUUGCGAUGGGUGCUGAGAUGCGAGCCAGGUUACUUCAGUUUGUCACCGGAACAUCCCGUGUCCCAAUGAACGGCUUUGCCCACCUCUACGGUAGCAACGGACCACAGCUCUUCACCAUCGAGAAAUGGGGCAGUGCUAAUGCGCUACCCAGGGCUCAUACAUGUUUCAACCGUCUAGAUCUGCCAACAUAUGAAUCCUACCAUGUCCUUCGCUCCAAGCUCCGAACUGCCGUAGAAAACACGCAAGGUUUUGAGGGUGUUGAUUAAUAGCUGCAUGGAUGGGUCCACACUACCCAUUUUCUGCGUUUGCAGUGGCGUUCAAGUCAUUGACUAUAUGUGUCUAUUGUAUUGUAUCAUAUGUUUGUGAGUUUAAUACAACUCCCUGCAUUUAGUAUCGCUUCUCUUUCUUGUAGUCAUGGGACAUGAUUAUAAUGCGCUCUCUUUGUAAAUGUACAUUUCUUUAGCUACGUUGUGUCUUUCAUGAAGCAAUGUUCAGCCUCUGAGUGAGACCUCGUCUAAAUGAUUUCUUUGAUUUUAUAUUAUUUCUGGUUUCUUUCCGCUAGCAAAUGAUUGCUUAAUCCCAAGGUUAAGGGAUCAUUCCUAUCGACAUUUAUUGAUUUCUUUGAUUUUAUAUUAUUUCUGGUUUCUUUCCACUAGCAAAUGAUUGCUUAAUCCUAAGAUUAAGGGAUUAUUAUUAUUGACAUUUUAAUCAUCCAACACCAAAUCGGUCAUUUAUAUCCCUGUUGAGUACAAACACAGAGUAGGGAAUAUUCUCUGAGCUUUAAACCUGACUCAGAAAUACAUCAUAGUUCAUGCCAGUUGUGUUUGGAAAGGCUAUAUGUCCAUAGUGAUUACAAUGAUCGUAAAAGUGGGUUUUAAUGUAGCGCUCAUGUCUUGCACGUUGCCUGUUCUGGCACUCCGUUAUCAUUACCCCAGAUUUAGCACGGCUACCAUUACAGCACUGGAGUCUUUAGAAGAAUUACUUCCUGCCGGGUCCCCAUUUACCUCACCUAGGUCGAGUGUCGGAGUGUAGCAUAUGUAGAUUGAUGUCUUGUCGAAGGACAUUAGUGCCGGGGCAGGGAUUUGAACCUUGUAGUUUGUGGUUCACAGGCUGGGGACUUAUCCACUAGACCACAACACCUCUGUACACUUUGACUGCGUCCAUUGAUUUUCCUUUAUAGACCGUUUCACUGUAUAUACCCACCCAUAUGAUAUCCCACCAUGCAACCUAUAUGACUGUGUUCAUAAAUCUUCAAAGUGGCCAAAUUUUUUACCAGAAUUUACCAUUAUUGGUUAAAAUAUUGGUAUAUAAUGUGCAAUGGCAUUGUUUCAUGUUGUAGUUGUUUGUUGGAGACACAAGAGAAUAUAAUCAGUGGUUUUACUCAAAUGAGUUAUAUUCUCACAAUAAUAUAUUAUAAAUUCAAUAACAAAAAGUUUUAAUUGCCAUUUAAUUUGUUAAAGAUAGUGCAGUUGUUGUUGCUUUUAGGCUGAAUUUGGGUAGUAAUUUUAAUUCAGAAGAUAAAUAAUAUUGCUUUUACAUAAAAUGAGUGCACCUUUGACUUAAACCAACUUAAUUUUUGGCAGGGGCUUUUUUUUUGGGGGGGGGGGGUCAAAUGUUUAGAUCUAAAAGUCACAAUAUACCUCCAUGGGUUCAAAUGUCAAAUAAGAAUAUAGAGAUAAAUGAGGGUACAGCGCUUUAAUUAAGGCUAUGAUGGUGGAAUGUCCAACGCCUUAUAUGUGUACAUAUGCAUUAGAGCAGGUAUUAUUAAUUUGUAUAGCAAGCAUAGCUAUUUAAAACUGACAAUUGUUUAAAUAUGAGACCAGUUGUAGGUUGUCAAUAUCAGUGAGGGGACAUGGGGAGGGGGGUGGGGGAGAAGGGGGCUACUGAACACUCAUUCAGAACAUGCUCAACAGUCUGAAUUUAACCCCAUGGACACAUGUCAGAGUCUUUCACAUGACCUCAGAUCAGUGAGGAUGUAUUGCAUGCAUACUAAAAUGUGGUAAUAUAUUUUCAGCAAUCUUGUGGGGUUUGAUAAUUUACAACUGAUGAAGAAGAAAAAUUUGGUUUGUCCAGAUGAACAGAGAUACACGAGAUAUAUUGUAGCCAUUCUUUCAAAUUCUAAUGAAUAUAGAUAACCAUUUCAAUUAGUUUGGCAUGCUGUUUUCUAUUUGAUUGCAAUAGAAAGUAUGUACGUAAUACUGCCCUCCAUAUACUAUUGUGGGCAUUGUUUAUUCGUGUGGGCACAGGUUCUUAAUGAACGAAUCAAGUAGCAAACAUCAGGGCCCCAUUUCACAAAACUUGUCGUCAGUGACAAAUAACAGUUCUUGUUAUAAGCUAGUGAAAUCCUUGCUUCUGAUUGGUUAUCAGCAGAUUUGUCACUGAUUUUUGUCAUUUAUCAUUGAAAAAAUGCUUUGUGAAACGGGUCCCAGGACACUGCAACCGCACUUUGAAGAUAGCCUUCAUUUUCCAACACUCGUACAUUUCUUUUGAAAUGUGCAUCGAUCAAAAUGUUUUGGAUGAACUGCACCAAUUAUGAAGUCGGGCACAACAUUCUUAGUGCCAUCUUACUUCUGUGACUGUCUUUGUACGAGAAGAUGUUUAUGAUUUAUGAAAUCGUUUGAAUGAUAUGAUACUUAACCAAGAAAUACUAUUCAUUAUUUAAGAAUGAUCAAUUUCAUUUGUAUAUGCAAUGGUUGAAAUGUACGCAAUGUAUAUAUUCAUGGAGAUAAAUACUGGUGUACAUUCGUAUCUGUGUACCUUGUAAAAUUGCUCAUAUUCUGUAGAAAAAUUAUACAUAGCUUGUAAUAUAUCCAAGAAAUGUAUUGAGUGACCUUUAUGUUGCAUUAAUAUAGUGCCUAUGGUGUAUGGUAGAUAUCUUUUCUUUUCAUUUUCUUAAGGUGUUUGAUAUUUAAAGAUGUAGUCCUUUUUAUAAAUAUCAUGUAUAGAACUAACAAGUGCAUUGUACAGCAUGUACAAUAACCAUGCAUUUUGCAAGACAGCAUUUAUAUACUAAAACAAAAUAAUAAUAAUGUAAAAUUAUUAUUGUUGUAAUUGUAAAAGCACAAUUAC